GUUCUCAGGCUGUGUGUGAGUGCACCUUGUGUUGUGCUACUGGAACACAGGCACGGCUGCUGAGCUCCUGGCCUGGGUGGGCUCCAAGGUGUCUCCCUGUGGUGUGAACACAUUCUGUCCUGCCUGCCUGCUCAGGUAUUCUCUGCAUGCCCCAUACUGUGUGGUGGCAAUGUUCCCUGGCAUGCUGGCUGGGGGUCCUGCUGGAAGAAAGCAAACUCAGGUGGCAGUGCAGCAGAAAAUGUCUCUUGCAGCAUAGCCAUGUGAGCAAUGCAUCACAAAAUUGCCAUCUAAAAGGAAAUUUCUAUAACUGAGUUGAAUACUGGAUAUUUUCAAAACUCGUGUGUGAGAAUCACAGUAAGGUGCUUUUCCUGCCACUGGUCUAAAUGCUCCAAAUAAGAUCAAUGAAGGAACAUGUUCAUUUCUCCCUGCUGGCAACAACAGUAUGCUUCCAAAGGAGAAAUCUGAAUGUUCUUGGAAAGUAAUCUCUAUGGGAUGGAACAUGAGGCUACCCAGCUAGAAAAGCAGCACGUGCACAGUGUGUAUGAAAACACUGCUGCCUAUUUUAGUGAUCUGCAGACCAAAGCAUGGCCUCGUGUUCGGAACUUUCUGCUGGAACAGAAGCCUGGCAGUCUCGUGGUUGAUAUAGGUUGUGGAACUGGAAAGUAUCUCAGUGUCAACAGUCAGGUGUAUAAUCUGGGCUGUGAUUACUGUGAAGGACUGGUAGAAAUUGCAAGGAAGAAAGGUGAUGAAGUUCUGGUGUGUGACAACCUUAACCUUCCCUUUAGGGAUCAGUGCUUCAAUGCAGUAAUUUCAAUUGGAGUGAUACAUCAUUUCUCAACUAAACAAAGGAGAAUCAAAGCAAUAAAGGAAAUGGCAAGGAUAUUGAUGCCUGGAGGCCAAAUAAUGAUUUAUGUUUGGGCUAUGGAACAAAAGAAUCGUCACUUUGAGAAACAAGAUGUAUUUGUUCCAUGGAACAAGGCCUUGUGCUCACGCCAUUUUUCAGAAUCAAAUCAAUCUGGAGAUAAGGGUGAGUUUGUCCAUACUGCGAAAGGCCAAGACAUACACCCUGCAAAGCUUGUAAUCUCUGAGUGCAGCUACCAAAACAAUCUGCAGCCAGAAACUGAUUCAAAACAUCCCCGCAGUAUGAACCAUUGCUUACCCAGAGCCUGCUGCAUGAAAAUUUCUGAGGAAGAAAACAGAUUUUACAGUGCUUUAGGAAGAUCUUUCCGCUCAUGGUUUUUCUCCAGAUCCCUUGAUGAAUCAGCCCUGAGAAAGCAAAGUGACAAAAUGAAGCACCUGAAACAUGAAGGAGUGUGGGCCAACAGCGCCGUACCCAUUCAACAUUCACGACACUGCAGUUUGGAUUUAGGUCACCAUGGGGCACUGUUAAAUGAACAGAGUUUAGAUGAUGAUGAUGAUGUGUUUGUGGAAGGCCUGUCUCUCAAAAAACCACAGUGGUCACCAGCCACAGAUGCACCGAAGGAUUUAAGUUUAAAUGGAGGACACCAAAGUGUAGCUCAGAGCAAGGGGGACAAAGCUUCAUUUAUAAAUGGCCCAGUGGAAGACAGGGACUGCAUCUGUGGUUGUAAUAAGGAUGAUGCUGGUAAGUCUGAUACCAGCAAGUUUUUUAAAAGAACUUCAACAACUGACUCCACUGACUCGGCUUUGGAUUCAGCAGUGUCUGUUGGGGACCAAACUGAUGCCAUGUUGGAUACAAAGGCCUUCAUGCGUUAUUACCAUGUUUUUCGGGAAGGGGAGCUGAGUUCUCUGGUAGAAGAGAAUGUGCCUGAGCUUGAGAUACUUUCUUCCUGCUAUGACCAUGGAAACUGGUGCAUUAUUGCAGAGAGAAGAGGAACAUAGCUAUAAAGAGAACAAAGCAGAAUCCAGUGACUGAGGAUUUUAAGCUCUUCCUUGUGUUACUGUGAUUGUGCACUGUGACAUGGAAUUUGAAUAAUGUAGUUGUGUGCCAUUCAUUUUUGAGUUAUUAUCUCUUAACUAUUUAACUAGCUAAUGCAAGGUCUGUAUAUAGGAAUGUAAGUGGUAGACAAUAUUUAUGUUUUGUUAAACUUUUAUGAAGUUAAAACUGUAGAGUUUUAUACUGCUGUUAGCAAAUAAUUGUGUUUUAAAAUAUACUUUUCUAUUGAGAAAUAAACCUUUUUUAAAACAAGGAUCAGGGCAUCUUUUAUGAGAAAUAUCCUCUCAAUAGAAAGUCUAGUCUUUGUUCUUCAGAUGCCAGAAGUUUGUCACAUUGCUCCCUAUUCUUGAAGUCCUAUAAAUGAGACAUAGACACUAUGUCUAAAAUUGUACUUGACUGCACACUGGUAGAGUGCAUACUGCAGAACUGGGAAUAAGCAUGGUCCCAUUGCUCCUUAGGUGGGAGUAGAGUUAUUAAUGGGCAAAAAACUGUGUACCAAACAAGCUCUGCAUAUUCUGUCAUUUGAUGUUUGUAUUUGGGAGUAAAUGACAGCACAGAUUUUGGACAGUGUUUUUUACUUUUGUUUUAAAAAAUAAUUUAAUUUGUUUCUCAGGUGCAGGUGAAGUUUUAUGUGUUAGCUCUCACAAACACAUUAUCUUAAUUUCCUUUGCUGUAGAUUUUCAUUGGCUAUGUAUAUAUGAAAGUCAGAGGGAUUUGUGAGAGUGUGAGUAUUAUGUAAAGUUCUAAAAUAUCAAAUCCUUGAAAUACAUAUAUCUUUUUGAUAAGCCUGGGAAGCUAAGAUUAAAUUAAUAAAAAUGCAGUGCAUAUCUGGUCA